AUGUCCACCAAACUCCUCGUCAUCUACUACCUCUACACAAUAAUAACCCUCCUUCACUCAGGAUGGCCCCAAACCAACCAGUACUCCUCCUACUCCCUCCUCCACUCCACCCCCAACAACCUCUGCUCAACCCCCGGCACCCAUUACUGCACGUACAGCUCCCUCCACGGCCCAGAAAUACUCUCCUGCGUCUCACGGACCCGAGCUGAACUUCGCUCUUGCAAUAUCGAAUUAGCGCGGAUAAUCCCCAAGGCUAUGAGGGGUUAUGAGUCCUCGCCCGACGCUGGGGAUGCUAUUUGUGCGUUUAAUGGGAUGGGGUAUUCGCGGCUGAGAGGUGGUACUGUUGAGGUUCCCGGGACGGAGAUCUGUGAGGAUGAGACUGAUGAAACUGAUUCGAGUGAUGGGGUGGAUUUCAUUUCUUUUGGGGAGAGGGCCCUCUUUGGGUGGAGGUUGGGGAUCUUUUUGGCCAGUGACUAA